AUGCACACCAACAACAAGUGGACUAGUCUUUUGCCAGCGAUCCAGGAUAUCUGUGACAUCUCAGGUAUUCCGGGAGUGUCAUUUGGCAUUGUGGAAAAUAAUGAGGUUUACACGGCUUCGCUUGGCUACGCUGACAUUGCAGGGGAAGUCCCUUGUGAUAGCAAUACUACCUUUGUGUUAGGGUCUCUUACUAAAGGCAUGACAGCUGCCUUGGUGGCCUCACUCCAUUCUGAUGGUACUAUCCCCUCGUGGGACACUCCACUGAAGACUUUGCUCCCAGAAUUUCAUCGUGAAGACAUUUACGGCGAAGUCACCCUCACCGACCUGCUUACGCACCGAACUGGCCUGGCAUCGCUUAACUCCUUAUGGCUUGCCUCCAACAAUAAGCCCUACCUGCCUAAAUCAGAAGCUAUUCAAAUCUUUAACCAUGCUCCGGGUAUCCAGCCAUUCCGAACUGAAUUUGUGUAUAAUAACUUCGGCUACGAGAUUUUCGGCCAGGUGAUUGAGAAGGCUGCGAGGAUAACAUUUGCAACAGCUCUGCAGGAUCGACUUUUAGAUCCUCUCCGUAUGAGUCGAACAUACUAUACAGGAGAAACCCGUGACAACGAAGCGAGGCCAUAUGCUGCCCUUGAAGACGGAUCCCUUGUACCUACCGCAUUGCCCCUUUUUGGGGAAGAUGUAGUGAUGGGUCCAGCUGGUGGUGUGCGAAGUUCUGUCAAUGACUUAUUGACACUUUACCAAGCCUUCAUGUCUGCUGCUCGAAGUGAAAUGAUGCUUAUAGACGGGACGGGGUCACAUGGGCAACUCAACCCGCCCCAAGUCAUUCAAGGCAUUGAUAAGUUAUGGAAAGGACAUCAACAUCUACCGUUUAAGUCUCUUCGCGAACACUCAUACGGACUUGGCUGGGCUCGAGCCCAGCUUCCGGCUAUCUUGGGACAAGGAUAUGACCCAGAUUCAGUCAAUCCCAUGGUUGGAGUGGGAGCACCAUCACAGCUGGCAUUAUACCAUGGAGGGGAUAUACCAGGGUUUGAAGCUUAUAAUUUAUUGCUCUCAGAGAGUAACAGUGCAGUCGUUGUCCUCGUGAACUCACAAACUCUCAAUGGGGGUGUGCGAUGGAUUGGAGAGCUUUUAGUGGAAACCCUUCUCGACAACGGUCACAACGCUCCCGAUUAUCUUAAGUUGGCGAGAAAAUCAGCCGAAGCUGAGGCAGAACGAGCCAAACGUAUCAACAAAGCUCUUGCGGUGGGUCGAAAAGUUGAUUUAUCCUCCAGGCCUCUAGAUGCCUAUGUUGGGACAUACUUCAACGCGGCAGAAAACUUUUUCAUCCAAAUAGUCCACAGCAAAGACAAAUCCCAUAUUGAAGUGUCAUACAUAGGUCGCCAAGAUGAUACAUUCUCUCUUCUACCCUAUCAAGAGGACAGCUUCUAUUGGACUUUGACGCGUGACGAGUAUGCCAGGCUCGGCCGAGGGAGUCUCUUUCCCUCAGUCGGGUAUUUCAUCCUCAAAUUUGGAUCAGCGAAGGAUGGUUCAGAUGUUUCUUGUCUUUGGUGGCAUCAUCAAAGUGAUCUGCCAUACCCCGGGGAGAUGUUUAAAAAGAUGGAGAGUAGCAACAUUCGAAGUGAAUUGUGA